AUGCCGAUGGAGCUCAAUGCAAAAGUGCUCGGGUUCUUCGCGGGCGCCGCGGCUCUUCGACUGGGCGUCUUUCUCCUGUUCCCAGACUUAGCGGACGUUCUUAGCAGUCAGGUCGAGUUGUCCACGCCAGUAUCGAGCUUCAAGACACUGAAAGAAGGGCUAUUCUUGUACGAUCGAGGUGUCUCCCCGUACGAUGGAGGAGUCUUCCACCAGGCUCCCUUACUGCUACCGAUCUUCAGCUUGUUCCCUUCUUCGCUUUUAUUCACUAUCCUGGAUCUCUGGAGCGCUUUUCAACUCGGUCACUUGGCCCAUGACUUGCAACUAUCAUCGCCGCGAUUCAAGCGCCUAGAUGGAUCAGUCAUUGCUGCGGCUUAUCUUUUCAACCCGUUCACCGUCAUGUCAUGUCUUGGUCGAUCUACCACCGUGCUUGGAAAUGCUGCAAUUGUACAGGCAGUGCUGAGCGCUCAGCAGGGUGACGCACUGCAGUCGAUUUUUGCAUUGGCACUCGCUGCGUAUCAGACGAUGUAUCCAGCAUUACUACUUCCGCCAAUCGUCCUGUUCAUGGCACAUUCAACGGGCGGAAAAUCUUUGUCGGUCACGCUGUGGGCAAACUGUGUCGGAUGUUUCACAGCUGCGCUCCUCAUCUUGAUUAUAAGCACGGUUUUCAUUACUGGCAACAUUUCGGAGUUCGUCAAGUCAUGCUACGGCUUUCAAUUGACUGUCCCUGAUCUGACACCAAACAUUGGACUCUGGUGGUAUUUCUUCAUCGAAAUGUUCGACCCUUUCAGAUCAUUCUUCAUCGGCGUCUUCUGGCUGCACAUGGCAUGCUACACUGGCGGCAUGACCCUGCGACUACAGAAGGAACCACUCUUCGUCAUCACCAGCCUGCUCGGGUUGUUUGCGAUUUUCAAACCAUACCCCAAUAUAGCCGAUGUUGCUCUUUUCCUUGGCUUCUUGCCCAUGUAUCAACAUAUAAUACCAUUGACGCGCUAUACUUUCAUUGCCGGUGCGAUCAUUAUGUACUCGGCAUUGCUGGGACCUGCGUUUCACUAUCUGUGGAUCUAUGCUGGAUCUGGAAACGCAAAUUUCUUCUAUGCCAUCACCCUUGUAUGGAGCCUGGGUUUGACCAUUUUGGUCGGAGAUACACUUUUCGCUGUUCUGCGAGACGAGUGGGAGGUCGAAAGGCCUGAGAUGAAAGGCAAGGUCGUGCGACGAAUCUAG